AUGUGGGUUAAGCGUGCGGUGUGCGUGCUUUGCGCGUGGUUUAUGGUGGUUAAUGCGGAGUGGCACUGUCCAGUGCUGAGCACGCGUCCUUCAGCUGAAUGCUCCUGCGAUCUGCCCCACACGCUCCGGUGUGCUGGUGAUCACACUGCACUACAGAUAAUUGGCAGGCACCUGCGGCAAGAGAAAACCAGGAAUAAAAACACAGCGAUAUCACUCCUGGACUGCGCUCUGCGAGGAGUCACCGUUUUAUCAUCAGCAGCAGUUAGUGAGCUGACAGGAGUUGAGUUACACGGUCUAGUCAUAUCUUCAGGGGAUAUAAGAAGAGUGCAGCAGGGAGCUUUCAAUAGCGUGUCUCCGACCUUAAUAGCUUUGGGACUACCAAACAACCAGCUGCCAGCAGUACCUACAGAAGCUCUAACCAAAUUACGAAAACUGGACCGCUUAGAUCUAUCUAACAAUAAAAUCUUCUCAUUGGAAUCAAAUUCAUUUAAGGGCAUCAGCAAUCUCACUUAUUUGGAUUUGAGCGAUAAUCAACUAGCAGAUAUUUCUUCAGACGCUUUCAAACCUUUGAUUAGACUUAGCGUUUUAAGACUUAGAGGCAAUCUGUUAAAAGUACCUGCGUUGGUGAAUUUGAAGGAGGCUCAUAUGCUCACAGACUUGGAUGUAGCCAGCAACGCGCUCGAAGGACCACUCGGACCGAACACGGUCCCACCCUUGAGUUCUCUCACGACUAUUUAUUUAUCUGAUAACACAUUUGCUAGCAUACGAAGAGGAGCUUUGUCGGGUCUCACGAACUUAACUCAUUUGAACUUGCACAACAACCAAAUAGAUGUGUUGGAGGACUACGCGUUCAAGCAUCUAACUGAUUUGAUCCACCUGGAUCUAUCUCACAAUGAGAUAGUUGCUGUAUCAGGUGCAUCCCUUGCUCGGCUGACAAACCUAAAACAUUUGGAUCUCUCGCACAAUUUCCUCCGUUCACUCUCCGCUGAACCUCUCAAAUCUCUCGAGCAACUGACCGAGCUUCUUCUCCACGAUAACGACAUAUCGAUGAUAGAUGACGGAGCUUUGGUGCUGCACAAGGACCUCACCCGAUUCACUAUUGAAGAUAAUCCUCUGAAUUGCGAUUGCUUAAUGGCCGGUUUCGCAAGAUGGUUGAGAGAAGCAAAAAAUCUAUCUCAGUCUGAUAAAUCAGCAGCUGAAUGUGCCACACCUCCUCAUUUGGAAGGUGCCUUACUAUCUAGAUUAUCUAAAAGCAAACUUUGCGAUGAUUUCGAACACACAGAGUUCAAGGCAAAAGAAACGAACUACAAUUAUGAUAAUGUAUUAGCAAAUUCAAUUGUAAACAACUUUAAAUUUGAUAAAGUUGAUAAAGAAAGUAGUAAAUCACAAACUCCUGUUGGUGAUGAACGACAAUCUGCACCUACUGGAAGUGAUAGACAAGCACAGAUCUUUGGAGGAGACGAUGUUGUUGGAGAGGGUGGUGGUGGAAAUUUUGAGGACGGUUUAGAUGAUGAUCUUUAUGAUGAAGAGUUAGAAGUUCCAUCUGAAGACGAUUUGCCAGUAUCUAAAUCAAAGAUACAUCUCUUAGAAGCUUGGCAUGAUGGUGAAGAGGUCUACUUAUCCUGGGUAGUUGAUCCCCCCACGUCCUACCGAUAUAGAUGUACUGGAGUCACUGUAUCUAGAGCUGGAGGUCUGCCAAAGCAUGUAGCUUGUCACAGAGCUGCACCAUCUAAUGUAGUCAUAAGAGGACUGAAGAUUGAUCCUGUUGAUAAAUAUACAUUCUGUAUUGCUCUAGAAGAGAUGUCUAGUUCAGACCUGCCUGUUUCCUUACUGUUGGGCUGUGGAGCACCAGUGACGGUAAAGGAGCGAGUUAGUUUUGCCACUGUUGUGCCCGUAAUGGUUAAUCGAACACCGGUGCCUAAUCAUUUGAGGGUCACGGAAGUUCGUUCAAAUAUCACUAGUGACGGCGUUCUUACAACUCUUAUAUCAGUAAUGGGGCUACCUCAGCAUUCCCAGUAUGCGAUGCGACUCUCUCAAGGCUUACCAAAUGUUGACGUCAAUCCUAUUAACAGCUGUUAUGUAGUACUUGCUAUUUUGUCCCGUGGAUACUUAGUUGCGCAAAAAGAUACUCCAUGUCAACCAAUUCUAGAAGUAUCUAUGGAAGGUUUCGUUAGAGGGCCUUAUGAAGUCUGCGCUGCAAUCUCACAGUAUAAAAUCGAUAAAACACGAACAAUUUGCGUUGUACCACAGCUGAUAGAAAUUGAUCGUUCUUUAGAAAUUAAAACAGGUUUCAAAAGUUUGAAUGGGGCUUUAAUAGGCAUGGCUGCUGGUUUGAUGGUCAUGUUGAUAGGAGUGAUAGUGUUUGUAAAGAAGGCUAUGAAGAGAACAACUGAUUUUGACGCCCCUAGGUGCUUGAGGCAAGAACCGGUGCUGGAAGAAAACGCCCGAGCCAGUUACGUAAUGCUAACUCCUACUGCUACUUCUAAAGUGUGA